ACCAUCCGCCGCGUGCCCCGCGUGCUGCGCGCUGGCCUCCUGCUCAGCAAGUGACGCCAGGUCCCAGGAUCCGCCGGGAUUCCCGGGCUUUCGCCUGCUCUGGACAGCUGCCACCCUGUGACCUUGAAACCCUGGGGCAGAGGCAACUCCUCUUACCUCUCCCGGGGUUAUUUUCCCAGUAACUGUGUGGGAACCAUAGGAAAAGGCCCCAUUCCAAAUAAACCAACAACAAAAAAUACCUUAUUUUGGUUUUGGACAUGGCAGAAGGGAGGGGUCAGAUGCUUGGGUUCCUGAGGGGCGCUGCGCCUGGCACCUUAGAGGGAGGGUGUGGGCCAUGGGGGUCAGAUGUAUGGGUCACAGAGUGGAGCAGAAUCCAGGGCUUUUGAGGGGGGAGGGUUAUAUCUGGAGACCCCUUAUGUGGGUGGUGCGAGCUUGGGAGGUUCAGCUACUGGUCUGCUGGGGAGGAAUGAGUUAAGUGGUACUGCUGUCACCUGAGCUGGGCAUCAGAUUACCUGGGUCCAGUUUCCACCUGGGAAGAGCCUGGCCCUGGGCUCCUGGCUACCUCAGGCCUGGGUGAGUCCUACUGAGGAGGUCUGGGGGUGGGUACCCCUGGCUGGGAAAAGGGCUCCUACUGGGGAUCCUCACUGAAUCUCUGUUCCCAGGCUCCCGAAUAUGGCCCUGCCCCCACCUCUGAGCCCUAGGCCCUCUUCUGAGCCCUUCAGCCACGCCCCUGGAGCGCCUAGGGAGCUGGAUACUGCUGAAUGCACCAUCUACCCUGCAUCUGGAGACGACAGAAUCAGGUUGGAACAGGCUCAGAAGCAGGGGCAGGUCUCCUUGGACCCUCCUGAGCACUUCCAGAGUGGACCGAGGGGCACCAAGCCUGCCACUGGCCUCCCCACAUCUCCAACGUCCUCUUCCCAGGAGGACCCAACUGGGGCCAAACACUGUGAGCACUCCAUCUCUGGCCAGGAGGUACUGGAGGCUGAGCAGGACAGCCUGCAUCUUAGCCUUCUGGGGCUGGGCCUCCAGCUGCAGGACCUGGAGCGAGGCCUGGGGCCCUGGGCAUCAGCCCAGAGCGGGAUGGUCCAGCUGCAGGCCCUCCAGGCAGAUCUCCGUGGGGCAGCUGAGCGUUUAGAUGCACUGCUGGCAUUCGGUGAGGGGCUGGCACAGCGGAGUGAGCCCCAAGCCCGGGCACCCCUGGAACAGGUCCUGAGGGCCUUCAGAGCCCAUCGAGACAGCAUCUUCCGGCAGCUGUGGCGGCUGCAGGCCCAGAUGGUGUUUGAGGAUAUCAACACACUGGAGCAGGACUUGGAGGUUGAGGGGGACUCAGACGGGCCAGGACAUGGUAGGAUCUGGGGGCCCUGGGCAUCCGGUAGCCUCCCCACUCCUGCAGAGUUGGAGUGGGACCCGGCGGGGGACGUUGGGGGCCUCGGGCCUUUGGGGCGAAGGACAGCCUGGACACCAGGGGCUCCCUGUGAGCUAUGUGGCCACAGGGGCCCCUGGGGCAGGGGACAAAGCCUCGAGGUAAGAGCAGGUGGGGUCACCUCCCCCCAGGCACCCAUGGACCCCUCCUGUGUGCCUCCUAGCAGGGUCCUUCCCCUUCAAGGUUUUCAUGGCUCUGUGUCUCCCUCUAUCCCUCUCGGGGUCUAUUUCUCUUUUGCUAUCUCAGUGUUCCCUUCCCUCCCUCCCUUUGUCUCUCUUGGCCUCCAUGUCUUCCUCCAUCUCACUCUGUUUCCUUCUGUUGUGUCUACAUUUCCUCAUUUCCUCUAUCUCCCUCACUCACCCUAAGGGGCCACGCUAUUCCAAAAUCACUCCCAUCUCAAAGCCCCCCAGUGCAUGCCCAGCUUACCUCCUCAUUCAUUCGUCUCUCCUCAAAUGUUACCUCUUCAGGGAGGCCUGUUCUGGCCUCCAAAUAUUAUUGCUCCUUAUCCUCUGACUUUAUUUCCUAACUGCACUUACCACAUCUUGACUUUAUACAUUUGUUUAUUAACUUAUGGUCUCUCCCUCUCUCCUGCUAGAAUGUAAACUUCAUGGAUGCCAGGACUUUGUCUGUUUCUACAUCCACUGUGUCCCCAGCUCCUAGAACUGUACCUGGCAUGUAACAGACACUCAUUAAAUAUUUGUUGAAUGAAUGAAUAAAUAAUGUCUCCCUUCUCUUGCUUUCUUUGGCUCUGUCCCUCUCUUCAUCUCUCCCCGCGAUCUCUUUCCCCAGAGUCUCAUCUCUACAACACCCACCCCCCAUCUAGGUCCUUUCCCAACCUUGUGUGUCUUUGUCACUGGUUCUCCAAGGACCUCACCACUCUCUCCUCUAAAAGGACAUGCUCAUGUCAGGCCUCAACCAUCGGAAACACUUAGCAGGUCAUCGAAGACGCUCCCUGCUCCGGAAGUCCCAGGUGAGCUGGUCCUCAACCAGGUGUAUCACUCAGGAAUCUCGAUGGCAAGUGACAGCAACCCAACCCAAGUUGAGUUACA